AUGAUGAAUGGAACACAUGUUCUAAUAACUCUUGGGGGCUAUGUUAAUUUGGAUAAGUACAGAUAUGUUUACUUUGUGCUUCUUUUAACAGUGUAUGUUUUCAUCCUCUGCUCUAACUGUACCAUUAUUUGUCUCAUCUGGAUUCACAGGAGCCUUCACGAACCCAUGUACAUUUUCAUUGCAGCUUUGUCCCUAAAUUCGCUUUUGUACAGCACUGCUAUAUACCCUAAACUCUUUGUUGACGUGUUGUCUCGCAGACCGAUCAUUUCUCACUCCGCUUGUAUGUUGCAAUGCUUCUUUUUUUACACUUUUGGUUCUUCAGAUUUCUUUCUGUUGUCAGCCAUGGCUUAUGACAGGUAUGUGUCCAUCUGCAAGCCUCUGCAUUAUGCAACGACUAUGAGAACAACAAAUGUCAAGAUCAUGUUGGUUUUGUCCUGGUUUCUGCCCGCCUGCCAGAUUGCGGUGUCAGCUGUCAUCAAUGGGAAGCAAAAAAUUUGCAGCUCUAUCUUAGGAGGAAUUUUUUGCAACAGUUCUGUCAAUAAGCUUCACUGUGUGAGAUCACAAACAUUGGCUAAUUUCGGUGUGUUCUUAUUUCUCAACAUUGUGGUUGUCCCGGUGCUGUUCAUCCUCUUCACAUACGUGAAAAUAUUUAUCGUGGUGUAUCGCCGUUGCAGCAGAGCCCGGGAAAAGGCAGCUGAGACCUGCUUACCUCACCUGGGGGUUUUAUUCUGCUUCUCCUGCUUGGUUGUGUUUGAUGUCAUUGGAGACCAAAUGGAGGCAGAGAUUCCAAAGAGGGUUCGCCUGUUUAUGAUGUUGCAAAUUGUGGUGUACAGUCCCAUUUUCAAUCCGGUCAUAUACGGAAUGAAAAUGAAAAGGAUCUCGAAACACAUCAAGCAAAUGUUUCGUCAACUCGGCAAAUAA